UGCAAUAUGCUGUUAAAUAGAAGAAGAUGUCUGUUUAGAGUAUCACCAAGCGGGAAGGAGCGGGCUUCUCUUUGCUGCUACUACCUGUAACGGAUUGAGCAGGAGCUUGGUUUUUCUUCUUCUAUUAUUUAGCUAGCAAGUGGCUAGCAGGCUAGCCAAAAAAGGAAUUCCAGAAGACGGAAUAUGCCGCGGGAAAUCAUAACGCUUCAGCUGGGACAAUGUGGAAAUCAAAUCGGUUUUGAGUUUUGGAAGCAGCUGUGUGCAGAACAUGGCAUCAGUCCAGAGGGGAUUGUUGAGGAGUUUGCGACUGAAGGGACCGACAGGAAGGAUGUGUUCUUCUAUCAGGCUGAUGAUGAGCACUACAUCCCCCGUGCAGUCCUUCUGGACCUGGAGCCGAGGGUGAUCCACUCCAUCCUUAACUCCCCAUAUGCAAACCUGUACAACCCAGAGAACAUCUACCUGUCUGAGCAUGGUGGAGGUGCUGGAAACAACUGGGCGAGUGGAUAUUCACAGGGCAAAAAAAUCCAAGAAGACAUCUUUGACAUUAUUGACCGGGAGGCAGAUGGCAGUGACAGUUUGGAGGGAUUUGUUCUGUGUCAUUCCAUCGCUGGGGGGACAGGCUCAGGGCUGGGAUCCUACCUACUGGAGAAACUCAAUGACAGGUAUCCAAAGAAGCUGGUGCAGACUUACUCUGUUUUCCCAAACCAGGAUGAGAUGAGUGAUGUGGUCGUUCAGCCGUACAACUCUCUGCUCACACUGAAGAGACUCACCCAGAACGCAGACUGUGUGGUGGUGUUGGAUAACACGGCUCUAAAUCGCAUUGCUACAGACAGGCUGCAUAUCCCGAACCCCUCGUUCUCCCAGAUUAACCAGCUGGUGUCCAAUAUCAUGUCUGCAAGCACAACCACCCUGCGCUACCCCGGCUACAUGAACAAUGACCUUAUUGGCCUGAUUGCAUCGCUCAUCCCCACACCCCGCCUCCACUUCCUCAUGACUGGAUACACACCUCUCACUACUGACCAGUCGGUUGCUAGUGUGAGGAAAACCACAGUUCUGGAUGUGAUGAGGAGGCUUCUACAACCCAAGAAUGUGAUGGUGUCCACGGGAAGAGAGAGACAGCCGAGCCACUGCUACAUUGCCAUCCUCAACAUCAUCCAGGGAGAGGUCGACCCGACACAGGUGCAUAAAAGCCUCCAAAGGAUCCGGGAACGUAAACUUGCCAGUUUCAUUCCCUGGGGUCCUGCCAGUAUCCAGGUGGCUUUGUCCAAAAAGUCCCCAUACCUGCCCUCAGCCCACCGGGUCAGCGGUCUGAUGAUGGCCAACCACACAAGCAUCUCCUCUCUGUUUGAGCGGACGUGCCGGCAGUAUGACAAACUUCGUAAGCGCGAGGCCUUCUUGGAGCAGUUCCGCAAAGAGGAUAUAUUCAAGGACAACUUUGAUGAGCUAGACAACUCUCGUGAAGUUGUCCAGCAGCUGGUAGACGAGUACAGUGCAGCCACACGGCCUGACUACAUUUCCUGGGGCACACAAGAACAGUGAGCGCACUUUUUGCCCUGGAUCUUAACUUAAACUCAGAAUACACGCUUAACUAAUUUACUCUAACUCAGUAUAUGCCCCUUCUUCACUCUCUACAAUUUUUUUCCCCCCUAUAUAUACACACACACAGUAGAUGUCCCAAAAUUGACAGGUAAAUAUUUUACUUGUAUAGCAUGCAGUAGUAGUGCAUUUGUGUCUCAGAAUUGAAAAGAUCAACACCCACUAGCAUAUUAGUCCAAAAAAAAUAUCUGACCCCGUUUACGUAAAGUGAUUCUUAACUCAAACAUCCAGUGAAGUGAAUGGAAGAGUGGUUAACACUUUAUUUUACAGGUCCAUUAUUUUCUAAUUGCUUGAAAGUUGCCUGGAAAGAACAGUGUAGUUUGGUUCUAAUUACAAGAAAUGUAAGACUUGUUUUAGGCAGUUUAAUUAGUUAAGAUCAUCAAGUUGCUCCAUUAAACUACAGUAAAUAUGUUACUCAUUCACUUAUUGGAAAAUAAGUUUGUGGAAACAUUCAAAUUUUCCAUGUGUAAUUUACUGUCCUCUUAAUAAACAUUAAAAGGUUGCAUUAGGUUAGCAUUCAAAUCCCCCCCGUAGCCUGUUUUUGCAGUUUUCAGCAGUGCAAGAUCUGUUGCCUUGUUUUGGUCCAUUGUUAUACUUGGUACAGUUCUUUAGUUUUUGUGCAGUUAAUUUAAAGUGAGAUGUCCACAGCCUACAAAAUCAUUGUCUUGAAUAAUGUGUUACAUGAUGGUAAAUAUAGGUUCUUCUAGCCCUGACAUGGUGCUUUGUACAAUCUGUCUGCUGAUACAUUAUCACCGUACAUGGCCAGCAAGAAUGUUAAGUUGAAGUUGGGCUUGAGCCAAAAAUGAUAGUGUUAAAAAAAUACCUGUCAUAAAUUGCGUUGGCAUUAACGGCAUUUGUCACCAACGAUAAAGUAACAGUUUGCACAGCUGAACAAGGAUGGUCUCUUAUCAACGCUGUCUUUGUACAGUAAAUAUAAUUAAAGUCUGGUUCACUGGCAUUCUCUAUUGUCUAAAUGGAUAUGCUGUUCCAUGUCACUGUGCUUUUUGGACCUGUAAAUGAUGAAUAAACAUUUAUUUUGUGUUUUU